AUGACUCCUGCUAUCUCGAUCGACCACAACUUACCCUCAGUCGUUCCAGAAUCUAACGAGACCCCAGCUGCCUUCGCCCCUACAAAUGACCUCUUCUCUCUUGCAGGUCGCACAGUCGCGAUCACCGGUGGUGGUCGUGGCCUGGGGAUGACAUUGACCACCGCUGUCCUUGAAGUCGGUGGCGACGUCGCCUGUUUGGAUCUCCUGCCCGAGCCAAGCGCUCAGGAGUGGAUUGUUGUUCAGAAGCUCGCCAAGGCAAAGGGUCUGCAGGCGACCUACAAUAAGUGCGAUAUCACUGACGAGGAAGCUACAAAGGGUCUGCUGGGGAAGAUCGCGGCUGAUGGAACGGCCCGCAACAUGCCCUUGCGCGGUCUUAUUACCUGCGCUGGAGUUCAGCAAAUGGUACCCGCCCUUGACUACCCGAUUGACGGGUACCGCAAGAUGCUCGAUGUUAACGUCCUUGGGACUUUCAUUCCUGCUAAGCACUUCUCACGAAUCUUGGUCGAGGAAAAGGCCCCUAGUAGUAUUGUGAUGAUCGCCUCGAUGUCGGGCCAGAUUGCUAACCGGGCCGCCGUCCACCAGAUGUGUCGAUCCGUAGCCCAGGAAUGGGGCCAGCACAACAUUCGUGUGAACACCUUGUCUGCCAGGUACAUUCGCACUGCCAUGACAGACGCUCUGCUGAAAGAGAAGCCCGAGGUAGAGGAAACAUGGAUGCGUGGUGCUCUUCUCGGUCGCUUGGGCGCCCCCGAGGACUUUAAGGGACCCACUAUUUAUAUGCUCACUGAUGCUAGUGCCUGGAUGACUGGUGCUGAUCUCCGCGUUGACGGUGGCCACUGCGCAUCGGCAUAG